AUGGCUUAAAGAUACACUCAGUAGAUUUAAUAGAAUAGAGUCGCUUAAGAUCUGUUUUAAACAAUCAUGGAGACUUUGGCUAAAGACAAGAGAGCUGCUCAUAGAUUGACUUAAGAAGUAGUGUAAUUAAUACCAGAAUCAAAGGAUAGAUAGAUAUAUAAGUUAAUUUACCCAUUCGUCUAUCACUCAUGCUUCCCUUAAGCUACUUUCUUGAUCAAGCAGCAUGUCAUAAAGCCUGCUCUCGAUGAUAAAUUCAGACUAUUCAAAUCUCCUAAUUAGUACAGUAUGUUGCUAAUGAGUUAUGGCAAAGAGUUUUUCAUAGAUCAAUAAAAGUAAGCAUAAGAAGAGAACUAGGAUUAAGCUUAAGUAAAAAAUGAUGAUUAAUAAGAGUAGAGAUAGCAUCGAAGGUUUUCUCUAUAUAGAAGUCUAUAGGAUGAGAUUAAACAUAACCCAGAGCAUUUAGAGUAUAUAAGAAAUAUCGAGGCUGAAGAUGCAGAGAAACUGAUAUUUUUGCUCUACACAAUGGUCCUCAAUAAUUCCAGAUACUUUGAAUAAAUCGAUAUAUUGUUAGAAUCGCUAAAGAGAAUUGUUACUGAGUCUUUACUGCUAGAACUUCCUUCUAACCGUAGUGGAACUAUUGUCAAAAUCCUAUCUGUUUUUAUGCCUUAAUCUUAAGUAUAAGGUUUAGAGGAUUUAGAAAAGAUGUCAAGAUAGAUAUUCAUAUCUCAAAACAAGAAAAAGACUUUUAAUAAUGAGGGAGGUGAGACUGGCUAGACUGUCUCAAAAGAAAACUUAUUUGUUAGAGAUGCAUUAAAGGAAAUCUUAGGCAGUGAAAAUGAUUUCAAGGAAGAGUUAUUCCUUGAAGAUGCGCUGCUUUAACCAGAUUUCUAUAUCCCUUCAGCUAAGCUGUGCAUUGAAAUCAAUGGUAGAAAUAAGUUCUAUCCUUUUACUCAGAAAUAUAACAACUUUACUGGUCUUAAACACAAAAUGAUUCUUCAAAAUGGCCACAAUGUGAUGUAUCUGAACUCAUGGAAGCUUGAGGGUAUGAUUAAUAAUCCAGAUGGAAAGACAAAUCUUAAGGAGUUAUUGACAAAAACUUUACAUACUUAUUAGAAUAAAGUUAGUUAAUAAGAAAGUGGUGGGGAAAUUCCUUUGACACAAAACUAAGAAUGA